AUGAGCAUCGACAACAGGAAACACACGUCGUUGACCUUUGACCUCUGCAGUAUUAACUCCGGGGGCGUUUGUGAAUCCUCCUCCACCUUCUCCCUGUCCGACCCUGAUCUGAGCGUCGCCUCGCCAUUCGCCACGUGUGACUCUCUGGAUGGGUUUGUAUUUGCACUAAACAAGGAGGGACGGUUCCUCUACAUCUCUGAGACUGUGUCCAUCUACCUGGGGCUGUCACAGGUGGAGCUAACGGGCAGCAGCGUCUUCGACUACAUCCACCCUGGAGACCACGUGGAGAUGGCGGAGCAGCUGGGGAUGAAGCUUCCACCGGGUCGAGGGAUGUCACUGUCACAGGGAACCGUCAACGAGGACGGGGCGUCGUCGGCCUCGUCGUCCUCGCACUCGGAAACGCCCGAACCAGUGGAGUCCAGUAGUCCCAGUCUUCUGUCUCCGGAUAAUUCUCUGGAACGAUCCUUCUUCAUCCGGAUGAAGUCGACAUUAACGAAGCGAGGCGUCCACAUCAAGUCCUCAGGCUAUAAGGUGAUACACAUCACGGGCCGGCUCCGGAUCCGGAUGGCGCUGACCCACAGCCGCUCGGUUCCAAACCAGAUCAUGGGGAUGGUGGUGGUGGCCCACGCCCUGCCCCCACCCACCAUCAACGAGGUCCGCAUCGACUGUCAGAUGUUCGUCACCAGAGUCAACAUGGACCUGAAGAUCGUCUACUGUGAGAACAGGAUCAACGACUACAUGGAUCUGACUCCGGUCGACAUCGUGGGGAAGAGGUGUUACCAGUUUAUUCACGCCGAAGACGUGGAGGGAAUCCGACAGAGUCACCUGGACUUGAUGAACAAAGGCCAGUGUGUGACCAAGUACUACCGCUGGAUCCAGAAGAACGGCGGCUACAUCUGGAUCCAGUCCAGCGCCACCAUCGCCAUCAACGCCAAGAACGCCAGCGAGAAGAACAUCAUCUGGGUCAACUACGUCCUCAGUAAUCCAGAGUAUAAGGACACGCCCAUGGACAUCGCUCAGCUGCCGAACCUGCCUGAGAAAACCUCUGAGUCGUCUGAAACCUCCGACUCUGAGUCCGAGUCCAAAGAAAACUCAGACAACGAGAACACCAAGUCAGAGGGUAAACCAGGCCACCAAUCAGAACGCAGCGAGGACCCAGAGACGGAAAGUAAGCGGCAGCAGCCCGGCCAAUCACACUGCUCCUCCGAACAGGAAAUGAAGCGGCAGGAGGAGGGGGAUAGUUCCAGUAACCCCGAGAGCCAGGACAGCGAUGACAGUCUGGAGCCGUCAGACGGGGAGGGGGAGGAGCCAGAGGAGGCCAGGGGGGGCGGAGGGGGUGGAGGAGGAGGAGGCGGGGGAGGGGGAGGGGGGAGGCUGGGGAGGUUAACGGGUCUGGGGGCGUUGGGAGGACUGGGAGCCAUCGGUGCGCUGGGGACCCUGGGGGGGCUUCAUAUUAAAGUAGAGCACUACGGCGAGGGGGAGGACGUUCAGCUGCACAACUCACAAACGUCUUCAUCAGAGGAGGAGGAGGAGGACGAGGAAGAGGACGAGGAGGAGGACGAGGAAGACAUGCAGGACUGCGACACCUCCGACGCCGCCAACAAACUCCAGAAGCGACGGAAGAGGAGGAAAGUCCAGAAGUGGGACGGAAACCGAAGCAGGAGGCUCCGUCUGUCCUCGACGACGCCCAGCCCCAUCGCCAUGGGAGACACCACGCCAUUGGUUGACCCCUCCCAGGCCGCCGGCACCGCCACCUCCUCCUCUUCCCACCUCCUCGCCUCCGGCUCCGACUCCCCAAACGGCACAACCGCCACGUCAUCGGUGCUGAAGAUCAAGACGGAGAUGGCCGAGCCGAUCAACUUUGACAACGACAGCAGCAUCUGGAACUACCCGCCCAACCGCGAGAUCUCCAGGAACGAGUCACCGUACAGCAUGACCGCCAAGCCCGCUGCCCCCGGCGACACCUUCCCCUCACCACAGGGCGGUGCCCUCCAGGUGGCCAUCCCCGACUCGGUCCUCACCCCACCCGGAACCGAGGGCGGAGCUGGAGGAGUCAGGAAGCCUCCUUACAACGGGAGCUCCGCCCCUUCCUCCGCUUCGUCAAGUUUAGCUCCUCCCUCCAGCGCCUCGUCCGCAGACCCUCUGUCGCCUCCUCUCUCCGCCUCCCCUCGGGACAAAGGCACGCCCACCACCUCGUCCACGUCCUCCACCUCGUCCUCUUCGUCCUCGUCCUCCUCUUCCUCCUCGCUGCUGUACUCGGGCGACCUCGAGGCUCUUCAGCGUCUGCAGGCGGGAAACGUCGUCCUCCCAUUGGUCCACCGGGUCACGGGGAGUUUGGCGUCCACCAGCACGACGGCGCCACGGGUUUACACCACGGGGACCAUCAGGUACGCACCGGCUGAUGUCACCCUAGCGAUGGCGCAGGGAAACCUCCUCCCCAACGCCACCAUGAACUUCGUGGACGGAUCCGGAUUCGGUCUGGACCCGAAGACGCCCAUGGAGAUGCUGUACCACCACGUCCACCGACUCAACAUGACGGCGGCGGCAGCGGCGGGCGGGCCGUUCGUGGGCUCCCCCUCGGCCACCGGGGGGAACGGUGCCCUGGGGGGCCAGAUGCCAACCGCCGCCAACGUGUUCACCACGGCGGAGGGACUGUUCUCCACGCUGCCGUUCCCCGUCUACAGCAACGGGAUCCACGCCUCGCAGACGGCGCUGGAGAGGAAGGAGGAUUAACGCAAAACACUCAAGACCGCAUUACUGUGUUUCCGGAAUCAACAACUGUGUCAGAAUAAGAAAAACAUGGUUUAGUUGUUUUUAAUUUUUGCCGACGCGGCGCAGCACUGUGUGUCCGAGAGCGGAGAACGGACAGGAAAGGAUGACCAUGUACUCCAGCACUUUGACCUGAGCCACUUGUGUAAUAGACAUGAAUGACCCUCAGACAUGUCCACUUUUCUAUCUCUAACUCUCCUCCUCAUCCUUUUCUCCUCUCUCUCUCUCUCUCUCUCUCUCUCUCUCUCUCUCUCUGCUCCUGUUUUUUUCUCCUAAAACGAAUGAACAAAAUAAGACUCUAUUGUAAAGAAUCCUUUUUUGCCUACAGAGAAUUCCUAUUGCCUACGGACUCCGCCGGAGCCUGACGGGGACGUGUUUUUUUUAUGAUUUGACUCGUUUCUGUUGCAUCUUUAUGAAGAUGCUGAUUGUGUGUAUUUAAUGGAGGACGCUACAGGGAUUUGUUAUGGAAAACAGAAAACUCUUUACAUCCUCGUAUCUUGAUGUGAUCAAGGCUUGAAAGGAGAGUUUUUAACCCGACGGAGCGAGAUCUCGCGCUCCGACAGAGAUAGUAAUCUUUUGAAAAAAGGUUUUCUGAGGACGUUUCUCGAUUGAGGGAAUAGUUUAGAGAAUUAAUUUCCUUCUUUUCCACCUUUUUUUUUUUAUAAAAUAUUCUAGCUCAGAUUUAACUUACGAAUCAAGCAUUAAGAAGAAAAACAAAAAAAAGCAAUUUCAGCCGGGUAAUGACCUGUGAAUUCUCGAAUGUUACUACUUCCUCUUUUAUCCCAGGAGUUUACCUACAGGUCUCGCACCAAACAUGACCUCCUCCUCCUCCUCCUCUUCCUCUUCCUCCUCAUCACCUCCAUCUCCAUCAGUCUCUGUUUUUCUACCUGAUUCUUUCUCUGUCCGCAUUUCUACCUGUUGACCUACAGAUUCAUGGUGCUACCGACCGUUCAGUAACCCUGACUCAGCUGGCUGAUGUGGGUGCUGCAAACCAACCCACAGCUCGUUGACGGACUUCUGCUCUUGGUUUUUUUUUGUUUGUUUUUUCUCGGAGGAGGAACAGUUUAAAGUCAUGUUUCUCGUCUGAACUUCAGGAAAGUCAGUAAUACAGAAAAAGAAGCUCUAAAUCUGUGAAUCGCCUCCAUGUUUGGCCCCUGUCUGAAUCUGAUUGGGCCACGAGGGCCUGAUCUGCCCGGCAACAUGGAGCCGAUUGGUGGGGAUUUAGUCUCCAUGGUUUCGUCGUUUUCCUUUUCGAUGUAUUUUCUAACUUGAUCACUUUUAAUUCUCAGUGAGACUGAGGCUAAUUAGCUAGCAAUGCUAACUUGAAAAAUGAAUGUUGAAAACCUCGACCGGCUCCUGUUUGAUCACUGUUUUACAUUUUUUACCACUGUGACUUCUUCGUCUUCUUUGUUUUUUCCUCCUCCUUUUCUUCUUCCUUAAACCAGAAUCACCUCCACAAGAUUUUUCCAAACAAUCCACUCUCUUCCAUUUCCCAUCGCCGGACCCUGUGAUUUAAAAAAAACAAAGAAAAAAAAAAAAGAAAAGAACACAUAUCAACAAGGAGAUUGUAAUAAAGACAUUUUCAAUCAAUCAAUCUAUCAAACAAUCAAUCCAACGGGAAAAAAAAAUAAGAGUAUGAUUUUUUUUUUUUUUUUUUUUUUGAGGAAGAGAAAAAAAAUCACAUUCCUGUGACGACGGUGUUGUCCUUGUCGUUGUUCUUCUGUUUUGUUGUUUUGUUUUGUGUUCUCCCCUUCCUCCUCCUCCUCCUCCUCCUCCUCUUUCAGCCUCCGUUGCCAAAAAAAAAUGUUAAUCUCACAAGUUUGGUGUUUUCAAAAGCACUGUGAUUCUCGUUCAUUUGUAUUUUUUUUUCUUCUACUUUUUUUGGUAAAAAUAGAAAAAAAGAAGAGAAUAAGUAAUAAUUAAACGGUUUAAAAAACUGUCUUCUAUCUUUUAAAGUUGGCAGCCCCUGUCUUUUAACCAUCCCGUCAUCCUUAUUACCCAGUGUGAUUACGCCGUAAAAAACGUGUUACCGAUGUGUUUAGUGUCACUGGCUGUCAAAACGUCUUUCAUGGCGACUUCUCUCUCUGUGUGUGUUUGACUAUAUGCAGUAUAUACUGAGCUACUGUAGCUGUUUUUGUCCUUUGUCUUCUCUGUGCUCUAUCUCUAGUGCUGGGGGGGAGGCGGGAGAGGGGCGGGGCCUGUCCGAGGUGUGGGCGGAGUCCGUCUCUCUCUCUCUCUCUGUCCCCUUCUAUCUGCAGUCUUAGUGAAACCAGUGGAGGUUCGUGGAAUUUCGUGUUGGGUGGCCUUUGCAAAAAACGAAAAAAAAACCUUUGUAGAGUCCACCUUUUUUAUUUUCGCUGCUUCCUUUUUCGUCUUUGUAAAACCUCUUCCUUUUUUCCGUUUUCUAAAUCUCUCUUUCUCCGCUGUUGCUUUUUGCUGUUGUGUAGUCUUAUACGAAACCUCUUUAUCUCGCUGUCUUUUCUCUCAAAGAUGAAAAGAUUCUUUAACUAGCUCAAAGGUUUAUGGAGCCAUGUUUUUUGCCUCGAAAGGAAUUCUGGGAAUCACAGUUUCCAGCUCUGGCCUACAAAGUAUUAAAGAACUAAUAAAUAUUUACACUAUAGAGAAUAAAUUAAGACGAGGAAAAAGCCCAAAGCAGUUGGUAGAUGUAGUCUCCUCUCUCGCUUUGUCCUGGAUAAAAAGCGGUUGUGAAACAUUUCCCAGAGUUCCUUGGGGCGUCUUGUGUGCAUUGGGUGUAUUUCAUUGGUUCCCACCGAACUUCAAAACUUCUCUCACGGGACAAACAAAAACGUGGUUAAAAGGGGGUGAGGAAUGACGAAAAAAAAAAAAAUCACAGUAGUAUUUCAGGACACAAUAAAAUUUUAAAGAUUUCUAAAGAAAUUAAAAGAAAAAAAAUAUUUCGCACUACAAAUCUAUUUUUAUAGGUGUUUUGGAAACUGAACUGCAUGUUUAGUAAGUUCGUCCGAUGCGUGAUCGAGCCCUCGUUUGUUCGUUUUGUUUUUUUUUUUAGGUCCAGCAGUUUUUUGGUUUUUACGUCCGUCGAGCCCAAACGGGGGGAAGGUCCGUCCGUCGUAAGAAAAAAAAACACACACACACACACACACAAAAAAGGGUGAAGGCCUCGAAUCCCCCCCUUCGUCAUCAGGAAAAACAAUCUGUAGCGUCUGUGCUUUCUGUGGAGAAUCAGUGUCUUGUUACCGCGACGACGAAACGACAAAUUGUGCAAUUUUUAUUUUGGAGAAACGCGACGCAUCGGGCCGAGCGGCGGGUGGAAAACUUCGCGGCUGAAUGUUAAAUCCGUCGCCUCAGGAGCCUUUUUGUUUUCCGCUCCUCUGGAUUUUCUACUCUUGGGGGGGCGGGGCUUCGACGAACGUCAGGCAGGUGGAUGUAAAACGGGGGGGCGGGGCUUAGAUGAAACCAGGAAAUACACCCACAUGUAAACAAAAAACCAAACAGCCGGUCCAAGCUGUUUCAAUGUUUUUUCUGUGUUUUAUGUCGAAAAAUGAAAACUUUGCUGGUGAUUUUAAAAACUUAAAAACCUUAAUCGCAGCUGCUGUCGAAAAAUACAUAGUGUUUAAGAAUUACAAAUAUGAAAAAUCACUUCAUUUACCUGUGAAGAAACUGUGUCUGUGUUUUUAACUAUUUCUUGUACAAUUAUACAGAUUCUUUUAUGAGGAACUUGGUGCCAAGUAGCUGAAAUACGGGAGAGAGGGAAUCUCUUAUUAUCAAUGUUAACAGUGUUAUAAAAUUCUAAAUACAAACAAAUUAAAAUAUUAAAAAAGAGAAAACUAUGGUACAUUUCUAUUUUUUGUUUGAUUUUUUUUUCCCCUCGCAAAUGAGGAAAAACACACGACUAACUGAUGCUAACUUUGAGUGCCUGGCUUAUUUUAUUAUUAUUAUUAUUAUUAUUAUUAUUAUUAUUAUUAUUAUUAUUAUUAUUCUUUUGGAAAGACAUCUUUUUGAGUUCAUUUACCAUGAAUAAUGCUGCAAAUCUGAAACUGUACAUAGGUUCAUGUUUCUAGCGGUUGUUGUUUUCUCAGUUUUCUCGGUUCUCAUGUCUCAUACAUGCUUGUCUUUCUGUAACUCCGUUCCGAUCAUCGACAGGUGCCAUAUUCAUAAUAAAACAAUUCUCUCGAAUUUCUUA